AAGAAACAACUGCUAGUAGCACACAAUGGCAAACAUCGGCAUACUGGAUUUCUGUAGUUGGCAAUAUUUGUUUUAGAACCAGAAUUGGAUAUUUGUACAUUUGCCCUCUCUGGGUUUUCCUUAUAAAUAUCAAACAAAAUCCCUUUCUGUUUUCCAAUUCAAUCAUUCUUUAGAGAGAAAAUAAAAUCACUAUUUAGAAGUUAAUACCCAAAAAGGAAAAAGCCAUGUCUAGCACAGUUGGUCAGGUCAUUCGUUGCAAAGCUGCGGUUGCAUGGGAGGCAGGGAAGCCACUGGUGAUUGAAGAAGUGAAGGUGGCACCGCCACAGGCUAAUGAAGUUCGUUUGAAGAUCCUCUUCACCUCUUUAUGCCACACUGAUGUUUACUUCUGGGAAGCUAAGGGACAAGCACCAUUAUUCCCUCGCAUAUUUGGUCAUGAAGCUAGUGGUAUUGUGGAGAGUGUUGGUCCUGGUGUUACUGAUCUCCAACCUGGCGAUCAUGUGCUUCCUGUGUUCACUGGGGAGUGCAAGGAGUGCCGUCAUUGCAAAUCAGAAGAGAGCAACAUGUGUGACCUCCUCAGGAUCAAUACUGAUAGGGGUGUGAUGCUCACUGAUGGGAACUCGAGGUUUUCUAUUAAUGGGAAGCCAAUAUACCACUUUCUGGGCACCUCUACAUUCAGUGAAUACACUGUUGUCCAUGUUGGCUGUGUUGCCAAGAUCAACCCCGAAGCUCCUCUUGACAAAGUUUGUGUUCUCAGUUGUGGAAUAUCAACAGGUCUUGGUGCCACUUUGAAUGUUGCAAAACCCAAGAAGGGUCAGUCUGUAGCGAUUUUUGGACUAGGUGCUGUUGGACUAGCUGCUGCAGAAGGGGCAAGGUUAUGUGGAGCUUCAAGAAUCAUUGGUGUUGAUUUGAAUCCCAGUCGUUUUGAAGAAGCCAAGAAGUUCGGUGUUAACGAGUUUGUGAAUCCAAAAGAUUAUGACAAGCCUGUUCAACAGGUACUUGCUGAGAUGACUGAUGGAGGAGUUGAUCGGAGUGUUGAAUGCACUGGAAGUAUCCAAGCCAUGAUCUCAGCUUUUGAAUGCGUCCAUGAUGGCUGGGGUGUUGCUGUAUUAGUGGGCGUCCCUAACAAGGACGAUGCGUUCAAAACUCAUCCUGUGAAUCUGCUGAACGAGAGAACUUUAAAAGGAACCUUCUUCGGCAAUUACAAGCCCCGCACUGAUCUUCCUUCUGUUGUGGAAAAGUACAUGAACAAGGAGCUAGAGGUGGAGAAAUUCAUCACUCAUAGUGUGAAAUUCUCGGAGAUUAACAAAGCAUUUGACUACAUGCUGAAGGGAGAGUCUCUGAGGUGCAUUAUUUCCAUGGAGAACUAGAGUACUACUCUACAUGAUAUUCAGUUGUUUACUGCGGCCAUAAUAGAUUCUUGUCAGGUUGUGUUCUUGAGCUUGUGAGGAGUUGAAUAAAUAGUUUCUGCUUCGCUAUUUCCACCUAUGAAUGGCCUCUAGGGAGGGAAAAGAAAAACAAAAUUAAGCUUUUUCUCUAUGUAGAGAUGAGUGAUUAAUUUAAUAUAUAUAUAUAUAUAUAUAUAUAUAUAUAUAUAUAUAUAUAUAUAUUAUUUUGCUUUGUUA